CUCCCUGGGAAUUCUGGGAUUGACUGAAAGUUACUGAAAACCGGCAGUAUCUUUUGACAGGUACAUUGUCACAUUUUCCUAUUUGUUUGGAACCUCCUGUGGAUCAACAUGUCGUAUUGUAAUCGAUGUUUACAUAUCGCCUCAGAUCAAUGAUGAUCCGAUUGGCAGAAUGCCAUGUGAAAAGCAGCCCCGGUUCUUGAUUCUUUACGGUUCUCAGAAGGGGCAAGCUCAGUCCAUUGCUGAGGGGAUAGCCGAUGAGGCAGCCGAGCAUGGGCUGGUGGCGGAAAUCAGCUGCUUAAGUCGGCAUGAAGAGUACCGUUUGGAGAGGGAGAGUGCUCCUGUGGUCUUCAUAGUGUCUACUACAGGAGAUGGAGAGCCACCCGACACCACACUUAAAUUUGUGAAGACCAUCAGGGCGAAGACCCUGCCCAGUGACUUCCUUAAAAACCUUCAAUAUACACUCUUGGCUUUAGGAGACACAAACUAUGCAAAUUUCUGCAACUGCGGGAAAACCAUUGACAAGCGGCUACAGGAACUCGGAGCCAAUCAUUUCUAUGCAACUGGACACGCAGACGACGGAACAGGGCUGGAGGUCGUGUUGGAUCCCUGGAUAGAAGGAGUGUGGGACGCGAUCAAAGCAGCCUUAUCAAAGAUGUCAUCCAGCAGUCAUCCGCCACUCAAAGAAACCCUCAGUGACAUGACCAAGGAAAACCCCGCCCCCACAUCUCCACCACAUGUGGAACUGAAUCGCCUGAGUCUUGCAGACAACAAGACCCAAGACUCAAUCAAAGCGCCGUUCGACUCAGACUCUAAAUUGACGUUAGGCGGUUUGCCAUCCACGGAGGUCACGGGGUUGAGCUCUGAGUCGGACGUGGCUGCUGCUAAAUCGGCGCAGGAAGCACAGACCGACCAGGUCAGAGAGGAGUGUGUAGUGGCUGAACCCUCAUUGACAUAUUCCCUGCCACCGCUCUCACAGUCCUCCCUCAACGUUCCCGCAUUGCCACCUCCCUACCUGGAGGUCACACUGCUGCUGGAGGACAAGGCAGAGAAGUUUAAUUCAUCAUUGCAUACCGAGACGUUUUAUGAAGUGCCUGUAACCAACGCCGUUCAGAUGACGAGAGGAGAUUCAGUUAAGAAGGCUCUAUUGCUAGAGUUGGAUAUCUCUGCCCAUCCGACGAUGACCUACAUGCCGGGGGACUCGUUUGACGUCCUGUGUCCGAACAGAGCGUCUGAGGUGGACGCUGUCCUCCUACGGUUGGGCCUGCAGGACCAGAAACACCAACGCGUUCAGCUGGCUGUGCGGAGAGACACCCAGAAAAGAGGUGCUCAGACACCGCCACACGUUCCUGAUAACUGUACUGUGCAAUAUCUGCUCACGUGGUGCCUGGAAAUCAGAAGUGUUCCCAAGAAGGCCUUUCUGCGGGCCCUGGUGGACUGCGCAGGGGACAGUGGGCAGAAGAGGAGGCUACAGGAGCUAUGCAGCAAGCAGGGCUCUGCAGACUACAACAGGUUCAUCAGAGACUCGUCCCUCUGUCUGCCGGAGCUGCUGACAGAGUUCUCCUCCUGCACGCCUCCUCUGAGCCUCCUCAUAGAGCAUCUGCCGAAACUGCAGCCUAGGCCGUAUUCAGCAGCCAGCUCCACUCUCAGACACCCCGGGAGGCUGCGUUUCAUCUUCACCGUGGUGGAGCUCCCAGCAUGCCCCGGGCGACCCGAGGGCCGGCGGGGUCUGUGCAGCGGCUGGCUGGCGGACCUGGUCGCCCCCGUCCUGGUGUGUCCCGGGACCGACGAGUCAUCAUGCGGCCAAGCCCAGCUGCCACAGAUCCACGUGAGAAUGCGACCGAGCGGGACCUUCCACGCCCCCACGGACCCCACCGCGCCCCUGAUCAUGGUGGGACCGGGGACAGGGUUGGCCCCCUUCCUCGGCUUCCUGCAGCAAAGGGAAAUUGAGAGGCGAGACAGCCCCGAGGUGGCGUUCGGCGAGACCUGGCUCUUCUUCGGCUGCCGCCACAAAGACGGGGAUUACCUAUUCAGAGAGGAGCUGGAGGGCUUUGUGUCCAGCGGGACUCUGACGCAUCUCAAGCUGUGCUUCUCCAGAGAUGCCGCGGCGGCGGCGGCGGCGGGGGGGGAGGAGGCGGCGGUGCCCGCCGUCUCGCAGCCGCCACCGGCGUGCCCCAGAUACGUCCAACAUAACCUGCGGCUCCACAGUCAGCGCGUCAGCCGGCUCCUGCUGCGGCACGACGCACGUCUCUACGUCUGCGGCGAUGCACGGAACAUGGCGAAGGACGUGAACGACACGCUGAUGGAGAUGGUCAGGGCGGAGCUUCAGCUGGACCAGCUGGGAGCCAUGAAGACACUGGCCGCACUGAGGGAGGAGAAACGCUACCUGCAGGACAUCUGGGGCUGAGGAGGAGGAGGAGGAGGAGGAGGA